GAAAGUGCUAAAAGGAUUAGAUUACUGAAUUCAUCAUCAAGAGUUAAUACGACUGCUUUCUAUGGAAUAAAUCAGUUUUCUCAUCUGUUUCCUGAAGAGUUCAAAGCUAUUUACUUAAGAAGCAUACCUCACAAACUUCCCAGAUACGUGAAAGUGCCAAUGGGAAAGGAAAAACCUUUGCCAAAGAAGUUUGACUGGAGAGACAAGAAAGUCAUUGCAGAAGUGAGAAAUCAGCAAACAUGUGGAGGCUGCUGGGCUUUCAGCAUUGUGGGUGGCAUAGAGUCUGUCUAUGCAAUUAAAGGAAAUGCCCUGGAGGAGCUCAGCGUGCAGCAGGUGAUUGACUGCUCAUACAAUAACUACGGCUGCAGCGGGGGAUCCACUGUCAGUGCUCUGAGCUGGCUGAACCAGACGAAAGUAAAACUCGUAAGAGAUUCAGAAUACACUUUUAAAGCUCAAACAGGACUGUGCCAUUAUUUUGGUCACUCAGAUUUUGGAGUUUCAAUAACAGGAUUUGCUGCGUAUGACUUCAGUGGUCAAGAAGAAGAAAUGAUGAAGAUGCUUGUUAACUGGGGCCCUUUGGCAGUGACAGUAGACGCGGUUAGCUGGCAGGAUUAUCUUGGUGGGAUCAUACAAUAUCACUGCUCCAGUGGAAGACCAAAUCAUGCUGUUCUUGUCACUGGUUUUGACACAACAG